AUGUCCAACGUCGCCGCCGAACGAGACGCCGUCGAGGUGGCAGAGUUCAUCCUCACGCCUUUCCAUGACAUUGUCCACAAAGCCAAAGAGGCUGCUUGUAACGCCCCGGAUGAAGCGUCUCCGAUGCGGAAGACGGCCGAAAGCCUCGCCAGAGAGGGUCAGCGUGCCCUUAACCGUCUCCAACCGCUGCUCAACAAGAUCCUCAGCCAACAUGGUCCUGCAUUUGUGAAUCGCAUAAAGAAUCACGAAGACGUGAGCGACUUUCACCUGCAACUCACCCAUCUGCUUUGGGGCUUUGACGACUACCUCGGCACCCAAAACUUCAACCAAGACAAAUACGACGAGCUUCAGCAGCUGUGUCGCAGCCUCGCACCCAAAUUGUACAACAUUCUCGUCAGGAUGAACAUUGAGCUUUUAGCCAAAAUCCCGGACAAAGAAGAGCCAUUCCAUAUUCUCCCCGAAUCCACACCAUCCUCAUCCAUGCACCGAUCCUCUUUAUCCGCAUCUGCCUACUCGUGGCCAGUUUCCACACCACCAGAGGGCAGGUUCGAACCUGACAAGCCUGACCUCGACGCCGCUCUUGCGGUUGACAACCCCAUCACAUGUUUGCACUUUCAGUCUCGUCCUGCCGCUUCUCACCUUCAUCGAAUACCAGUCCAUGCGCAAAACAAGACAAUGUACUCCAUCCAGUCCCCCAGCCUCGACUACGUCAACGCCAACCUGAGACAUCAAUCAUACAGCAGCCUCCAAUCAUCGCUAUCCUCCAGCAACCAAUCCGUAGCACCCGUUCGCCAAAAUGACGAAUCUGCCUCUUCGACUAGUCCUUCGCGGCUCGUCGAGGAGCCAAUGUCUUGGCGGCAUGCGCACUAUCAUAUCCCAGGCGCAGGUCUUGAGCUUCCCAAAGCAUCUGUGGCUCAUCGUGUAUCCGAAGAUUGUGCCUUGGCCAACAGAACGCAAAGGAGAGCCACUUUUGGCCAUGCUACCGCUCCGUCGACUGGAUCUCUAUCCAAACAAUGUACCAUCGAUCAAUUCAGUUCAUUUUAUCGCUACAAAGGCUUCUGCGCCGGGGCUCAGGAGAUACUCAAGGGAAAUAAUGGGGUGAAGCAGAAGCAGAAGCCUGUUCAUCGGACCCUGUCUCGCGUCGUCGCGAAAUGCACCGGAUGUGCCAUGGAGCUUGAUUACGAUCAAAUUGAGAUGGAUUUGUCUAAUAAAGGAAGCGGUAGUCUAGUAAAGCGAGACAUGCACUACCGCAUCCGCUUUCUACAAAAAUCCCAUCUUUCCGUGGCAAAGGCCACAGACGCAAUAUACGGCUGUCUGUUCUGUGUCCAAAACGGCUACACUUUUGAAGAAAGCGACGCUACCGUCUUCUUCUCCGCAGACGACCUCUUCGCCCACCUGUCUCGCCAUCCUCGACCCUUGCCGCUUGUUCCCGGCGUGUCCAUCGUAUACGGCGCCGACGUCCCCUCCCAUCUCCGCAACAAUUACGAUCUCCAGCUCAACUUUCCACCCAGGAGGCAUCCUAUCCAUGAAGAACGCACCGAAGUCGACGGUCGCCCGACUGGUAUCGCUACAAAGGAAGUGCGCAAGGCUGACUUGCAAAGGAACAUUGUCGACCGAGAUCGGCCCGAAGAAUUGCAACUUGCGGUGGGGGCAAGGCUUACCGGUAUAAAGUGGCCUCCACAGUUCAGGGGGAAGAGGAUAUUCGCAUGGCACGACGGGGUGUUUGCGUCGGCCCCUUCGGAUAUUGUGAUGCUCAUUGCCCCGGGGAGCAAGCUCCUAAGCCAUAGGGGCAUCGAUACCCUGGUGAGCGGCAAGGCCAAGUGGAAAUUUGCCUCGAAGCAUGGAAAGGAGACGCCUUGGCUGAGGUUCAACAAGGGCGAGACGAUCAAAAAUAUUGCAUGGGAGCAUCCUGACCAUUGGUGCUGGUGCGGAACCAACUCCAAAGGCGAAUGGGGCAUUUUCCCCCAGGCCUUUAUUGACCCGAAUGCUGUGCGGAAUGACGCUCUCGACGAAUCUCUGUCGAGGGAGGCAUGA